CGGACAGUAGAAGUCUUCAUUCUAAAACGAAGCAUGUGGCUCACAGUUUAUUCCAAGACCUCGGAUUGUUUAACACUGUGAUCGUGACUUUUAUUUUUUUUCCGUUCUUCUGGAAGGUGAUCUUGCAUCUCAAGCAUCGAUAAUUGAAGAAUUCUCUCGAUAAAGGUCUACCUCGAGGACAAUCUCUGAAAAAAUGAAUAAAACUUUAAACGAGAUGACUACAAAAAAGGAAACAAUUUCUCCAGAAGAGGAAGAAGAUGCAAUAGUGACACUAGUAAUUAUUAUUGUAGCAGUAAUAAUUGCGAUUAUUUUCCUCUUUUCAUUGGGACUUUUUCUCGAUUGCAAGCACCAGGAAAGUGAAUCGUUAAAUAAAAAAAGGCUCAAGUUAAAAUUACCUAAUCGCAUGAAGAGUAGAGGUCCACAAAAACCAGAAGACUCGAAAUCGUUGGCAAAUGAAAUGUGUCCCACGGGAACCUCCGAAUUGGGAUAUAAUAUGAGUGAUGCUGUAGUUUAAAUAAAACUACAGAAUAAAAAUUCAUUUCCGGUUAAACUGAAUCCACUUGAUCUCAAAGUUUGAUUGAGAAGACGAAUAUCCAUUGACGUUUGUUUGCUCAAAAUUCAUUUCAUCGACGUCACACUCACAAGAUGUAAAUCUGAAAAACUUAACAACUUUAUUGAAUUAGUAUUCCACAAACUCAGACUGAACAUUUUUCUUUGAAUCCAAUAUUAAUAAGCGCAAGGAAAUCACACCAAAGUUAAAUAUUAAUUAGUAAAAAAAUGAAUAAUAAUUAUUCAUUUAAAUAUUGUUUAAUUUAACAUUGUUUUCUAAUAAUUCUUGACUCAUGGCAAGGAUUCAUUCUUUGUUUACGUUCAUCUUAAGAAUUCAUGGUAUGAAUUUGAAAAAAGGAAAGCAUUUUUCUUGACGUCAGUCAAUUCUUUGACAUAAAAUCAACAUGAUUAUCAAUUCUAUUGUAUUUAACGACGUGUUGCUUUAACGAAAAUUCAUUAUCAUAAAUUUAUUAUUAUACAUUUGUUCUAAUAAUUUAUAAAGUAUGUUAUAUAUUUAUUAAUCCACCGUCAGCCUAUAUUAAUUACAAAAAUUGUAAUUAAAUAAUUAUUGCUCAAACGACUAUUCCAGCGAUGUAAAAAAUAAAAAAAAGGAAACUAUUUCUAGGAAUGAAUGAAUCUUAAAAUAGAACUGAGUGUAAAAAAUUUGUGAAAAUAAUUUUACGAGAACUUUUACAGCAAAUAAAAUAUUUUUACGUUUA